GUUUUUUUUUUUUUUUUUUGGUACAGCAUGGCGCAGCAACUGGAAUUGAUAGCUGGCUGUUACGAGCAGAUUGUGUUUGGAUACCGAGUGCAGACAGGAGAAAAGAAAUGGACACCAGAAGCCGACUUUACCCAUCAUGCACACACUGCCUCUUUAUCUGCAGUGGCUGUAAAUGACAGGUAUAUAGCUACAGGCAGCAAAGAUGAAAGUAUUCAGCUGUAUGAUAUCAAAAAGAGAGUGGAAUACGGCUCUUUGUUGCAGCAUGAUGGUACAAUAUCUUGUCUGGAGUUCUAUGGAAAAACACAUUUACUGAGUGGGGGAGAGGACGGUCUCAUCUGUGUUUGGAACACAAAAAAGUGGGAGUGUCUAAAAUCGUUUGGAGCACACAAAGGUCAUGUGACAUCUCUUUCAGUGCAUCCAUCUGGUAAAAUAGUUUUGUCCGUGGGGACAGAUAAAACACUUAGAACAUGGAAUCUAAUAGAUGGGAGGUCAGCAUUUAUCAAAAACAUUAAACAAAGUGCCCAUAUAGUGAUGUGGUCCCCUACUGGAGAGAGAUAUGUUGUGGUUGUGAAUGAAAAAAUGGAUAUCUACAACCUUGAGACUGCAACAGUCACUGGAACGAUCUCAAACCAAAAAAGGAUAUCCUCCAUUAGAUUUGUAACUAAUACUAUUGUUGCGGUAGCAGGAGAUGAAGAAACUGUGAGGCUGUAUGACACUGACUCAUUGAAGUGCCUUUGUGAGUUCAAAGCUCAUGAGAACAGAGUAAAAGCAAUUUGUAGUGUCACAGUGGGAGAAACCCUUGUCCUUGUAACUGCAUCGAGUGAUGGAUAUAUUAAAAUGUGGAAGCUUGAUCUUGAAAAGAUUCAGGACACUCCAGCUCUACUUGGUGAAGUGAAUACCUUUGCCAGACUGACAUGUUUGGGUGUGUGGCAGGCUAGCCCAGUGGGAAGUUCACAGCAAGUGGGAACAGAGGCUGCUUGUUCCCAAGCACAACCCAGCAGAGAAAAAACCCAGCAGGAACGUAAAGACCACCCAACUGAAGAAGAUUCUAUCAAACUUGUCAGGACCAAAAAGGUGGAAUAUGUUCAGGGCAAGAUCUCAACCAAGAAGAGAAAAGCAGAAGAAACAAAGAAGAAAAAGAAGCACAAAUCUGAGUAAAAUACUGCUGAGUGUUACUUACACUUGGAAUACACCUACACAGUAAAAUACGUGUAUAUCAUUCUGACCUGAAAUACUGAAUUAUGUAUUUAAAAAAAUAUAUAUACAAAAAACAAACAUUAACAAUGUAAUUUGUUUUGAAUGGCCUAGGAUUUGUUUGUUGCCAUGCAGUAUCCUUGAAUGGUGUAUAUUUAAGCUCUGAUACAUUUUAGUGAGGCUGUAAUUGCUUGUUGUAAAAUGUAUACUUAACAUCUCACUUUAAAUGUUUACCUGCAAAUUCUGAAACUGUUUACACCUAUUUUUGAACAAAUCUAGGGUGCAUAAAUUCUAUGAUCAAAAUGUACUUGUAUAAUUAAACAAUUAAUGCUAGUACAGAGUAGUAUUGAAUAUCUAUCCCAUACUGUACUUCUAAAUAAAUAUUCCUUUUAGAACUGUU